AUGGCCUCGUCGGCUUCGCUGGAGACGGUCAUGCCUUCCGCCUGCAUCCGGACCGGAGCCGCCAACCCCGCCAAGAGCCUGGCCUUCUCCAUCGAGCGGAUCAUGGCCAAGGGCUCGGAACCCCACCACAAACCAGCCGCUGCCGCCGCCUUCGAGGCGAGGCCGAGCGAGUCUCCCGCCAAGAAGCUGCUAAGCCUCUGCUCGCCCCUGCCCGGCGUGAUCCCGGUCCAGCCGCUGCCCGCCUACGAGGUGCCCUCCAAGGCGCUCCUCAACUACUCGGAGCUCUGGAAAGGGAGCUUGCGGCACUGCGGCGCGGCGAAACUCUUCCUGUUGGAAAAUGCCAAGCUGGCCGCCUUGGCCCCGCCGGAGAAGUUUCCCAACCCCCAGUACCCCCACAAGGAGCGCCUCCCGGGGCAGCUGGACCAGGUGAUGAAGGAGAACUCCAGCCUGGCCGGCGACAGGCCCAGCGGGAAAGCCCACCACGCCAAGCUGGGCGGCGGGUCAGGAGCGGGAGGCGGCGGAGGCGGCACCUCGGCCGACGGAAAGCCCAAAAACUUCACCUGCGAAGUGUGCGGCAAGGUGUUCAACGCCCAUUAUAACCUAACCCGGCACAUGCCUGUUCACACCGGAGCCAGGCCCUUCGUGUGCAAAGUUUGUGGGAAAGGCUUCCGCCAGGCCAGCACGCUCUGUAGGCAUAAAAUCAUCCAUACGCAGGAAAAACCCCACAAGUGUAAUCAAUGUGGGAAAGCCUUCAAUAGGAGUUCCACGUUAAACACUCACAUUAGGAUCCAUGCCGGGUACAAGCCAUUCGUGUGUGAAUUUUGUGGCAAAGGAUUUCAUCAAAAAGGGAACUACAAAAACCACAAGCUGACCCACAGCGGCGAGAAGCAGUACAAGUGCAGCGUCUGCAGCAAAGCCUUCCACCAGAUUUACAACUUAACCUUCCACAUGCACACGCACAACGACAAGAAGCCAUUCACGUGCCUCACCUGCGGCAAAGGCUUCUGCCGGAACUUUGAUUUAAAGAAGCACGUGCGGAAGCUGCACGACCCGGCCGCCGCCGCCGCCGUGGUGCCUUCUGCCAAAGAGCUCUCUAGGACCGGACCAAGCUAA